AACGAGCAAGCCAAACGCGUUUUCCCUCUCAUGUGUGCUGGUCGUGUAGUGCGCGUCCUGCUUGCUUCUUUGCACACCGUUCGGAACAGUUGCGAACCACUGCGCCGCCAUAUUAAAGUGAGACAAAAGAACCGUGUGCCACACCGCUUGUCUGUUGUGUGUGCGGUGUUGUGCUGUGUGUUUUGGGAUUUUCUACGUGAAACGGACACAAUUUCCGGACCCGCCGGAGGACGACGCCGCGCGUACAUUUCUGUGUGUGUGAUUUGUCUUGGCGGCGACGGACACACGGACGCCCAACUUUCGGCCAAGCCACGGGGGCAGAGUAACAGAAAAAAAGACACUUUAAUCGUGUGCCGUGAAAUUAUGCUCACGGGCCCCUCAUCAUCAUCAUCAUCAUCCCUAGCAGCAGUAUUUGAAAACAGCCGCCUGUGAGGAAAAACAGUUCGUCGACAGCGCAGCAAGCAACCGGGCGAGGAGCAGUCGUGGGUCGUCGUGGGCCACGCGCAAGCAAUGUUCACCGCCAACAACAUCCAAACGGCAACGGGCACCCCAAUCGGCAUCCAGUAUCAGACCGCGACCGCCACCGACAUCAACAAGGGCACCAAGCUGGAGGGCCAAAAGACGAACCAGCAGGCGCCGGAGUUUUCGACGUUCUACGCUAAUGUGAAUAUGAUACAAAAGCUAACGCCAACGUCCCAGGCGUUGAGCACCGUUAAUCUGGCGCAGCUGUCCGAUGACUCCAAAACGGUACAGUACCUGCAGCCGUUCGGGUACGCCAACUGUGCCCUGGUCAACCAGAUGCCGAUCCCGAACGGCGUCACCGGGAUCACGGUCGAUGGCAGACAGCUGGUCGUGAACAAACCCAUCACGAACACCAUAUCCAACAUCAGCUUCAAGUGCGAUGUGUGCGGUUUGAUGUUCAACCAUCUCACCCUGCUGAACCAUCACAAGCGCACCCACAACCAGGAUGGGGAAACGACAUCGGAUGCCAUUACGGUAGUAACGCAAGCGCAGAAUUUAGUCCAGGCACAAAAUCUCAUCUCAGAAACGGGUCAAAACCUUGGUCAGAUUCAGAUUGUCGCCACGGAAGCGCUCGACCCGGCACCGCAGCAGCAGCAGCUGCAGCACGCCCAGGAGCAGCAACAGCAGCAGCAACAGCAGCAGCAGCAACAGCAAGCCCAAGCGCAAGCUCAAGCUCAAGCGCAACAGCAAGCGCAGCAGCAAGCACAGCAGCAAGCGCAACAGCAAGCGCAGCAGCAGCAGCAACAGCAACAGGUGACAACACACACCACCAAGGCGGACAAAUCGCAGAAGUGCAUCUCGUGCAACGGGCCCAUCCACAGCAACCCGAAGCGAAAGGGCCCGAAGCUGAUCCGGUGCGAAACCUGCAUCAGCAACGAUGGCGCACAGCCUGUCUCGAGAAGUACGACCCAAAUCUUCGUCGCGCCCGACGGUGACAUCAAGUUCGAGAUCGGCGAAAUCCCGAACGCCUCCAACAGCAACUCGUCGAUGGACUCGCUGAUGCCGGGACAGAUGCAUCCGAUCAAGGCGGAGCACGCGCUCGUACCGCAGCAGAAUGCGCAUCCGGUUAAAAAACGUAAUUUAGCAACUGUCACAAAAUGUAACAAAUGUAACGGUUCUGGUGUAAUUAUAGUUGGAGGCCAGAAGAAGCUGAUCCAAUCGUCCAUGCAUCAACAGCCGGAAAAACCAUUCACCUGCAACACGUGCGGAGGGCGGUUCUCGCGCUACUCCAGCCUCUGGUCGCACAAGAAGCUGCACACGGGCGAAAAGAACUACAAGUGUAACGUGUGCGGUAUAGCGUUCGCCAAGGCCGUCUACUUGAAGAACCAUAUGCGCAUCCAUACCGGCGAAAAACCGUACAAGUGCGGCACCUGCGGCAUGCAAUUCUCCCAGUCGCCCCAUCUGAAGAACCACGAGCGAACUCACAGCGGGGAAAAACCAUACGUUUGUGAGGUCUGUGACAAAGGAUUCGCCCGUCACGCAACGCUCUGGAACCAUCGGCGCAUCCACACCGGCGAAAAACCGUACAAAUGUAACCGCUGCCAGUCCGCGUUCAGUCAGGCUGCGCAUCUCAAGAAUCACGAAAAGGUGCACUCCGGCUUAAAACCAUUCAAGUGUGACAUCUGUUCAGCGGCGUUUGCCGAUCGGUUCGCGCUGAAGAGGCAUCGUGGCAUUCACGAGAAAUAUGGUCAAACUACGCCGCUCCAUCAGAACCAGCAGCAGCAGCAGCAAACGGCACAAGUCGUCACGCAGCAGGUGGUGCACAAGGAGGAAAUUAUCGAAAUGGAGGAGAAACCGCGCGAGGUGAUCAUAACCGGAAUGUAGAGUGUGUGCAAACACGGGGCAACCGAAAUUUCUCGCGCCUUUAAGCGCGUGUGCCGUGAGCGUAAGUUUAAGUUAGUCGCGUAAACAGUGUGAGAGAACGAGAGAGCGAGAGAGUGCAUUUUUUUUAGGAGUUUGACCCGAUGCAGGAGGUUUAAUAGUGAGGUAGAAAAGUUAGUAAUACACACUGAACGGGUGCAGUUGCUCUGGUGUGUUUGUAAAAAUGCAUUACUUAUCGAUAAGAAAGAAGGGGGGGAGAAGCUCUAUAUAUAUUUAGGUGUAGUUGAAUUAGGACAGUUGAUUGCUCUAUGGCGCUGCACUUUGUUAAUUUUGUAUUCGAGUUUCCUUUUCGUUUAUUCACCCUGAUGAUAUCCCCCAACAAAACCAUGCACCGUGGAUUAAAUUUAUUACAUUUUUCCCUUUUACUAGUACAGUAAGGGAUGGUUAAACAUUUUGAUUAUGUAAAUUGGCAACUUUUUGUUCAAAUUUACACACACACAAGCAGCUUUGCGUUUUUUGUAUGUACCAUCUACAUAUUCAAUGCCGAAUAAUAGUCGAAGCAUGAAGCGGGCAUGCACAAGUUUAACGAAAAUGAUAGGGCGAACCUUUGUAAUUACGGGACGAUACGAAGUGCAGAGGAAAGCGAAACACCUAUAGAUGGUUAGAGCGUAUUAACUUAACGACAAACUAAGUAUAGGUGCAUUUCAUUUGCAUUAGCCGUUUAUUAUUAUGAUUGUAGUAAUUAAUUUUAUGUUUAAUUCGUACUCUGCUAUCUAAGCGACAAACACCACCUUUAAAAACGCUCGAAUUGAACGCAAUUCAAUUAGCAGCAAACACUUUACCGCUACCGCACACUGUCCGUGGUAAGCCAAUGGGUAAAUGCGCAGGUGUCACACAGGUCGAGGCCAACCUUCUGACAACGGUUGUGCCAAAAACCAUUUACAAAGGAAGCAGAUUGGUCCGUUUUAUUGCAACGUUGUGUGUGGCCAUUAUCAUAAGCCUACAUUAUAAGUGUGGAGUGGGUUCUUUCAAUGCUCCUUACACAGGAAACACGGGAGAAUCAUACAACAACACACUCCCCGUUGACCGAAUAUCGGCACUCCCAUGUCCUUUCCCCCCCUCCCUAAUGCCAGUGUAAAAUUCUCCCGACUGCGAUGCUCUUUUAGUGUAUUGAGUAAAAAAACGAUUUUUGGGAAAGGAAAGUUUAACCCAGUAAAGGCUUCCUAAAGCUAACUCCGCGGAAAACGAACGGGAACUGAAAAAAAGAGAUGUUUCUUUACCGUCUUUGGUCGUUAGCCAUUAGAUUGCACUGCUCUCGAUGGAGCAGCAUCGAUUAAAAGAAGCAUCUACCUGUAAAUAGACACUUUUAAAUGUUACAAUUCAAAUCGUCAUAUGCAUGCGGCCUUUACCGGGCGGCGCACCAUUACAUUCUAAUUAUCACCGUUGUAAAAAAAGAACAGUAUAAAGUACAGCUCACACAUGAUCCACACAAAUACGCCGGUUAUAUCAAGCCGGAUGGAGAAGAAAGGUAGAAUUUAAUUUCAACAUUGAUUAAUGAAGAAAAAGGAAAACACACACUGAGAAGUUCUGAAUACAUGCGCGAUUACGGAAAAUAAAUAAUUUAAAGAACAUUGAAAGUAGUUAAUAAACUGUAAAGGUAAUUUUUAUCGUUUAA